CCCAUUGAAGCCCCCCCCCCUAAUUAUGGCAGUGAAGUUCCUGGCCUUCCUACGUAAGCGGAUGAACACCAACCCGUCCCGAGGACCCUUCCACUUCAGGGCACCCAGCCGCAUCUUCUGGCGCACCGUUAGAGGUGGGUUUGCGUUCCUGGGCCGCCUGGCCCAUGAGGUUGGCUGGAAGUACCAGGCUGUGACGGCGGCGCUGGAGGAGAAGAGGAAAGCCAAGGCCAGGCUGCACUACGGCAAGAAGAAGAAGAUGAUGGUGAGAUGGGGGGGCCUCGAAACUGACAUAUUUUUGGGGUCCAGGGGGGUCUUGAAACUGACAUUUUUGGGCUUAAACCUGGGGUUUUGGGCCUUGAAACUGAUAUCUUUGGGGUUUGGGGGCCCUUGAAACUGACUUCUUUGG